AUGGAGCGUGUGAUCGCGCUUCUAUUAUUGUGCAGCGUCGCGCGCGCAGAAAUUUUAACACCCCCGUACUUUAACUUAGCGCUUGGAAAAAAGAUAACUGCAACAGCGACCUGUGGAGACGAAGGUCCCGAACUUUACUGCAAACUCGCCGGCGCCAACGCUGAUCACGAUGAACACGUUAUUCAAGGACAGGUUUGCGACAUAUGUGACUCAACAAACGAAGCUAAGAAACACCCGCCAGAAUUUGCAGUCGACGGUAUGGAAACGUGGUGGCAGAGUCCUCCACUAUCCAGAGGCAUGAAAUACAACGAAGUCAAUCUCACCAUUGAUCUGGGCCAGGAAUUCCACGUGGCGUAUGUGUUUGUCCGAAUGGGGAAUUCACCAAGACCGGGUCUAUGGGCGCUGGAAAAGUCGACGGACUAUGGGAAGACAUUCAAGCCUUGGCAAUAUUUCUCUGAUUCUCCUCAAGACUGCGAAAGAUACUUCGGGAAAACAAGUCUGCAACCAAUCACAAGCGACGACUCAGUAAUAUGUAGUACUGAGUACUCGAAGAUUGUCCCAUUGGAAGGAGGAGAAAUCCCAAUCUCACUGCUGAACUACCGUCCUUCGGCAAACAAGUACUUUAACUCAUCAGUAUUACAAGAAUGGACCCGUGCGACAAACGUAAGACUUCGUCUGCUGAGAACGAAGAACUUACUGGGGCAUCUUAUGUCUGUGGCACGACAAGAUCCAACUGUUACAAGACGAUACUUCUACAGCAUAAAAGACAUUAGUAUCGGUGGGCGCUGCAUGUGCAACGGACAUGCAGAUACUUGUGAUCCAGCUGAUCCGGAAAGUGAUGCAAGUAUUUUGGUGUGUCGGUGUCAACACAACACCUGCGGUCCGCAGUGUGCUGCCUGUUGUCCCGGUUUUGAGCAGAAGAAAUGGCGUAUAUCACAGAAUUGGGACCGAUUUUCUUGUGAACGUAAGACUUUAAAUUUCUGA